GACGUCAUCAUUUCAUACCUCAUUUGUGGGAAGGUGGGAAGGACGCCAUCUUUCAGAAAUUCGCCUGCUUCAGUAAUACAUUUCUUGAGACCUCCUUGAACAGAAUUGACAUUUUUUCGCAAGCUCCAGUUUUUUUUUUCAUUGUCACUUGAAGCUAUUAUUUAUAUCAUGGAGGAGAAAACGACAUCAAAAGAUUUAGACACAUGGAUCGAGCAAUUGAACGAAUGUAAGCAGUUGUCAGAACCAAUGGUUAAAACUCUAUGUGAAAAGGCAAAAGAAAUUCUAUCCAAGGAGUCAAAUGUUCAAGAAAUGAAAUGUCCCGUUACUGUUUGUGGAGAUGUUCACGGUCAGUUUCAUGAUCUUAUGGAGCUGUUUCGUAUUGGGGGAAAAUCUCCGGAUACAAACUAUCUUUUUAUGGGAGACUAUGUUGAUAGAGGUUACUAUUCUGUUGAAACUGUCACUUUAUUGGUUGCUUUAAAGGUACGUUUUCCUCACAGAAUCACUAUAUUACGAGGCAACCACGAAAGCAGACAAAUCACUCAAGUUUAUGGUUUUUACGAUGAGUGUUUACGUAAAUAUGGCAAUGCAAAUGUUUGGAAAUAUUUCACGGACCUAUUUGACUAUCUUCCUCUUACUGCUCUUGUUGAUAGACAGAUCUUCUGUCUUCAUGGUGGUCUAUCACCAUCCAUUGAUACAUUAGAUCAUAUUCGUGCAUUGGACAGAAUACAGGAAGUUCCCCAUGAGGGUCCAAUGUGUGAUUUGUUAUGGAGUGACCCAGAUGAUCGUGGUGGUUGGGGUAUAUCACCUCGAGGUGCUGGCUAUACCUUUGGUCAAGAUAUAUCCGAACAAUUUAACCAUACAAAUGGAUUAACUUUAGUGUCUAGAGCUCAUCAGCUUGUCAUGGAGGGUUAUAACUGGUGUCAUGAUCGUAAUGUUGUGACUAUAUUCAGUGCUCCUAAUUACUGUUAUCGCUGUGGGAAUCAAGCUGCAAUCAUGGAAUUGGAUGAUUCACUAAAAUAUUCAUUCUUACAAUUCGACCCAGCCCCCCGACGAGGCGAGCCGCAUGUGACACGACGUACGCCGGAUUAUUUCCUGUAGAACGUUUCGCCCUGUAAAAUAUGUGAAAUAGCUGAAGAAUUUCAAAGAGAAGAGUUAUGGUAAACCAAGUGUUUGCAACGUACAUGAUGAGGCCACAAAACACUCUUUUGUCGCUUUAUCAUGAGUAUUUUUCCUGGAGAGCUUAUUUAAUAUUCUCGAUUUCAUAAUGUUUUAUCCUAUUUGAUCAUCUUGCCAAUUUUUUCAAACGACUUCAUCACACAGAGAUCUCAGUGACAUAUAUUUUAAUGUCUUUAGCCAUGAAGUAUUUGAAAUGACCUAGGCAUUGUUCGACCGAGUCUUUCGAAAGAAUAUUUGACAUCUAAAUAUUAUAUAAAGAUGAAAUUAACAUUUGCUAUGUUCUUAAAUGAACGAAAUUUAAUGAAAAGAUAAACCGUA